CGAGAUUCGGAAACGGAGAGUCAAGUUCAGGUUUUAUUUUUGAAACAUUUCCCAGUCGGAGUGUGACUUGAAUACGCUAUUGUGCUGAUGUCGCAGAGUGAAUAAGUGAGGAAUUGUAAUCAGUGAUUGUCCGGACGAUUUUCACACAAAAAACGAGAGGAUUUAACUGGUAGCGUUUGAAGCAUCAAAGUGUGGAAUUUUUUCAAUAGAAUGCUUUCAUGCACACACAAAGUUGCCAUGUAUUUGACAGAUUAACACUAGAAUAUUUCUUCGGUGAAAGCAAGAAGGGGAAAAUUGAAAAUAAUCCCGCGCAGUCUUGCAGCAUCUGAGAUUUUUAGCGCGUGCUGAAAUAUUCUAAUGCCUAAUUGAAGGUAAGCAAGUUGAUUGCAUAUAAUUAUUCCACUUUUAUUACUGGAGGGUGCAAAUAGCGUUAUUCAUUCCAGAUAGAGAGGUUUAUAUUGAGACUAACAAGAUGAUUUCUCAGCAGUUUGUAUCUGAAAAGUGAUAAGAUGAGUGCGUUUGAAGUGAUUCUGUGGACAAGUAUUGUUCUGCUGUACCUUUGGAAAGGACUAAAGCAGUACUUGCAGUACUUUUGGCUGUCCAAAAGAGUCUCUUACAUCGCCGGACCGCCGAUGAUUGGCGCACUUAAGGAUGUUCUGCUGAACAGAACUAGCUUUCCACAAAUGUUUGUGGAUCUCUACAAUGAACCGAAGACGAGGAAUGACGCAGUGAGCGGAUUCUACUUCUUCCACAAGCCUUGUCUUCUUAUUCGCGAUCCGGAGCUUAUCAAGCGCAUUCUCGUGAAGGAUUUCUCUCAAUUCCCGGACAGAAGGAUGGCUUCGGAUCCCAAAUCUGAUCCCAUUGGAGCAUAUAACCUUCUGGCUGCUAAAGGAGACACUUGGAAGAGUAUCAGGAGCAAUUUGACCCCAAUUUUUACCGUUCACAAGGUGAAAAACUUCAUCAAACUGAUCUCCGAUGUUUGUGAGGAUCUAAAAGAUAAACUGGCCAAAGAUAUCCCUUCCAAAGGUUCUGCAGAACUUAACAUUAAGGAAGUGGCCGGUCUUUAUACCAUUGAAACGAUUGCUUCGUGUUCUUUUGGAGUGAAAACCAAUUCAUUCAAUAACCCAGAUUGUGAUUUCCGUAGAAAUGUUCACGAAAUUAUCAGUCCAUCGAAGUUAAAGCAAAAAUUCCAAUUCGCCGGUUGUUUCUUCUUCCCAGAGUUUGCCAGCAUGCUUCAGCUAAAAUUCAUAAGUAAAGAAGGACGACAAUUUCUGAAAGCAAGCGUCCUGGGUGUUAUGGAAGAGAGGGAAAAGAGUGGCCUUAAGAGAAAUGAUUUAAUUGACGCUAUGAUAGUCAUGAAGAACACGCAGAAGGAUAUUUUUCACACAGACGCUUUACUCGCUCAAGCAGCAGUUUUCUUAGUCGCUGGCUAUGACACCUCGGCAUCAGUGCUGUCCUUCGCUCUUUAUGAACUGGCCAGGCAUCAGGACAAGCAGGAGAAAUUGAGGAAAGAACUCAUGGACUUCGCCGGGAGUGAAAAAGAAAUUCCAUAUGAAAAUUUGAACAACUUAAAGUAUCUUGACAUGGUUUUUCAAGAAAUUCUCCGGCUGUAUCCGAGUCUUUCUUUCCUGGAGCGCAUUUGUCAACCUUCAGCUGGCGCAAAAACUUAUUCUUUGGCGCCUGUACAUGAUUUCGCGGUGCCUAAAGGGAUGCCGGUCUACAUUCCAGUGAUUUCCGUCCAGAGAGAUCCUAAAUUCUUCCCGGAUCCACUUUCCUUCCGUCCCGAGCGAUUCGCCGCCAACGCUGACCCUCCGAUUGACCAACGCCUCUUGCUAGGCUUCGGACAAGGCCCCAGAAAUUGCUUAGGAUUACGCUUGGGGGCGCUGCAAGUGAAGAUGGCACUGAUAACGAUUUUGCUUAAGUAUCGAUUGUCUUUUUGCAAGAAAACUCCCGAAGAAGUUGUGUUUACUAAGAAAGCAGUGCUUACGCUCUCAGAAAAACCUCUCAUUGUCACUUUCACUGAGAUUUGAUUAUGUCAAUAAAGCGUAAAGGGUAUUAAAAAAAAAACUUCGACUUACAAGAGCUGUGAAAUUUUUAAAAUCAAUUUUUAGACUUACUUG